CGACAAAUACAAAAAGAUGGCCACAGUUUAUAUGUAUUUGAUAACAUUAAACUAGUUACACCCAAAACACACUAAUUAAUUAAAAAACAGUCAUUAAAUUGAUACUUUACGCUCGUCAAACAUCACGAUGAUUCAUUUCGUAAUCAAAUCGGGACACAAUUCAAAGUUAUAAUGCGCGUUAUUUUCUAAUCUGGGAGAAUGAACGAAAGUGGGAAUCAUGAGGAUGGUGAAAUUCGAGCCACCAGAUUUAGGAAUUUGCCAUCGGUCAAUUCGUUGAGUCAAGAAGAACUGAUUGUGACAGAACCUGAAAAUACCGAAUUGUUAUCGUCAAUCAGACGGAGGGUACAAACUAGUUCUGAAAAAAUUGAAACAGGGUCUUUGAACGUGUUAUCGGCGAAAUAUGAAAGCCUUGAUUACGACACGUGUGAGAAUUAUUUACUUUUGGAUGAAGAGAGAAAAAAAGGUUAUAGAUUUAUUGUGAAAAAAAGUUUAGCGAGAUGGUUUAUUUUCCUCUUAAUUGGAGUGGUAACCGCGUUAAUUGCUUGUGCCAUAGAUAUAUCAAUAGAAGAAUUAUCACAACUGAAAUAUGCCUCAUUAAGCAAAUAUGUGGACGAAUACGUCACACAGGGGAAACUCCACAUCCCCUACUUCUUCUGGGUGUUAUACAACGUAAUCCCAGUCCUAAUAGGCUCAACUCUAGUUGCUUACGUUGAGCCUAUUGCUGCUGGUAGUGGAAUUCCUCAAGUGAAAUGUUACCUCAAUGGGGUUAAAAUACCCCGCGUCGUACGAAUAAAAACACUAUUUGUAAAAAGUGUAGGCGUUGUGUGUUCAGUUGUGGGUGGUUUAGCUGGGGGCAAAGAAGGACCAAUGAUUCAUUCAGGAGCUGUCGUUGCAGCGGGACUUUCUCAAGGGAAAAGUACAACGUUUAGGCGAGAUUUCAAAAUAUUUAAAUUUUUUCGGGAAGAUCACGAAAAACGGGACUUUGUCUCUGGGGGCGCCGCUGCGGGAGUUUCGGCAGCUUUCGGAGCACCAGUUGGUGGAGUGCUUUUUAGUUUGGAAGAAGGUACAAGCUUUUGGAAUCAGAGCCUAACAUGGCGCACUUUUUUCGCUUCCGUGAUAAGCACCUUUACUCUAAACGUAGUUUUAUCAACUUAUCACGGAGUUCCCGGUGAUUUAAGCUAUCCAGGACUUUUGAAUUUAGGCAAAUUUGAAAACUUUAGUUAUAAAGUGUACGAAUUACCAAUUUUCCUCGUAAUGGGGGCUUUAGGUGGAUUAUCGGGGGCGUUAUGGAAUCACAUCAAUUACAAAUUAUCAGUUUUUCGAAUGAGAUAUAUACGAAAAAGAUGGUUAAAAGUAAUUGAAGCUUGUAUUGUCGCAGCUGUUAGUGCCACUUUAGGUUUCCUGAUGAUGUUUUUACUGAAUGAUUGCAAGCCUUUGGGACAAGAUCCCACGAAAUAUCCAACUCAGUUAUACUGUCAAGAUGGCCAAUACAAUGUUUUGGCAAGCAUUUGGUUUCAAACUCCUGAAGCCUCAGUCCGUUCUCUUUUUCACGAUCCCCCAAGUACGCACAACGCCACCUCUCUGGCCUUUUUCGUCCUAGUUUAUUUCUUUUUAUCGUCAUGGACUUUUGGUCUUGCCUCUUCUAAUGGUCUUUUUAUACCGACUCUCCUAACGGGGGCUGCUUGGGGUCGGCUUAUUUCAGUCGGACUAUUUCGAGUAAUCCCCGACGCUGUUCUCAUUCAUCCGGGGAAAUACGCCCUGAUUGGUGCAGCCGCUCAAUUAGGAGGCGUAGUCAGAAUGACAAUUAGUUUGACAGUGAUUAUAAUGGAAACGACAGGAAACAUUUCCUUUGCUUUGCCUCUAAUUCUGACAUUAAUUGCGGCAAAAUGGACUGGUGAUUUUUUCAAUGAGGGAAUUUAUGACACACUUAUACAACUCAGUGGUGUUCCGUUACUCCCAUGGGAACCCCCGCCACUAGUUCACAAUAUCUACGCCAGUGAGGUGAUGUCGCAUCCGGUGGUUACACUGAAGUGUGUUGAGAAUGUGGGGCAUAUUGUUGAAUUGUUGAAAUUAACAACUUAUAACGGAUUUCCGGUUGUUGAUCCGCCACUAACUGAUCAAUCGGAAGUUACCACGUAUGGGAGAAUAAGAGGGUUAGUUUUGAGGUCACAAUUAAUUGUUAUUUUGAAAAAGAAGAUUUUUAACGAAAAUUCGGACUUUUGGGAGGAUAUUAAUGCGGGAAUCUUUCGAGAUGAGUAUCCCCGAUAUCCAACAAUAGAGCAAGUGAGUGUUUCCGAAGUUGAAAAAACUUAUUCUAUUGAUCUGAGGCCGUUUAUGAAUCCGUCACCAUAUACGGUGCUUCAUUCGGCAUCACUACCUCGAAUGUUUAGAUUAUUCCGAGCUCUCGGUUUACGACAUUUGCCGAUUGUUAAUGACACAAAUGAGGUUAUAGGAAUGGUAACAAGGAAAGAUUUAGCUCGUUAUAGAGUCUGGAGACAUCGGGGUCGCAUGGGGGUAGAAGAAUUAUUAAUUUCCAAAGAAAUAUGACCGCUUACAGUAUUAUGAUAUGAUGAUAUAGUUUCACGAAUAAUUAUGUUGUCGCUUUUGACAAAAGAAUUUUAUUUAUUGUUAAUUAAAGACUUUACCCAUU